AUGUCCACUUCCAACGAAAGCCCGUCACCAGGGCCUCGAGCCUUGGCCAACCCAGGCAAUGCCGGAGUUUUGGCUUUACGGUGGUCUUGCGCUACAUGCCGUCAAUCGAAACGCCGCUGCGAUAAGAUGUACCCGAAAUGUACGCUCUGCUCUCAGAAGAAUGCUCCAUGUAACUACCCAGGUCGUCGGAAGAGACAAAAGUUGAAGAACCGCAUCAAGGCGAUUACAUCACAAGGGGGCGUGCGCCAGUUGCCUUUCCCUUCUGCCAACUCCAGCUUUAUCGCAGAGCGCUUUCUGGACCCUGACGUCUUUUACCGAGCGCAGUUGACUGUGGUCAACACAGAUGUGGCUGUGACAGACAAUAUUGCUAAUCUGGUUGGAAGUGUGCUGGACAUUCAGACUACUUCUGAUCAAUUCUUCAAGUCAGUUCACGUAUGGAUGCCGAUUAUAUCGAAACCUCACUUUUGUUCAAAUAUACUCAGUCGAUUGACAUAUAAACGAGCCGAGUUAUUCCUGCUCGUGCUGUCUAUGAAGCUAUGCAGCACACGCGUGGAGACAUGGAAUACGCCACUGUACGAAACCGUCAAGCUAUUUCACUUUAAGAUUGAGACUUCCGGGGUGCUCUCUGUCCUAGUUCUCCAGGCUGCUAUUCUUAUUGCACUCUACGAGCUAGGUCACAGCAUCUACCCGGCGGCUUAUCUCUCCGUAGGAUCCUGCGCUCGUUAUGCAACGGCCUUGGGUAUUGAUAAGUCUAUUCUUUCGUCAAGUGCCACACAGGCUCAGUGGAUUGAGGAAGAAGAAUGCCGCCGAAUUUGGUGGGCAAUUCUAGUUCUUGAUAGAUAUCUCAACUUGAGUGAUCCUAAGCGGCAUCUCAUUACUCCAGAUGCGGACUUGGAGAGCUAUUUGCCCGCAGAUGACGAAGCGUGGGAAUCGGGAGUGCGCAAUCAUGAUCAUACGUUUACUUUAGCAACAGCCAAUAGCUACCACCUGGGGCUGUUUGCGCGAUUCGCACAAGCCGCGCACUUGCUUAGCCAGGUUCUACAUCAUGUCUCUGAGCAAUCGAACGAGACUGCCCAAUUGCGACGCACGAUAUUCGCGCUCGUUAAUGUCUCCAAUAUCGAGGCAUCCAUGAGGCGAUUGGAGUACUGCAGCCAAACUGCAGUCUGCUAUGCGUAG